AUGAGUGAGCAACAAACCCUCGAAGCCACCAGCACCCUCAACGCCAUCACCGUCACCUACCACUAUGUCAUCAAGAUAAAACGGAGCUCAAUACCAGUGGUGAUGGGAAGCCUCCUCAGUGGUCUAUUCAAGGGCAACGGGGCUCCCAUCACUAUCACCAAGAGCAGCCCCCGUUGUGGAAGAUUGAGUGUGACGGUCAACAACUCCUGCGUCACAUCCAUCAACGGCUACACGGCCAAACUGGACCUGGAGUGUUGCAACUUCUCGCUGCCGCCGGUGAACAAGAUCAUCGCCCGCAGUAUAGUGGACGCUGGGUGGGAUAAAGAAGGGGAGAUCGGGCAUGCCAAAGCCCUGUUCAACAAAAGCAUGGCGAGAGAACAAGGUCUUCUUGACGACGAAGACUUGAGAGAGUGGGAAGAUCGGGUCUGGCAUUUCCUGGACGACUUGGUCGACAGGAUGCCUGAAAAUUAG